UAAAACUAGGGAUGGGGCAUUUGCUUUUCAAUCUUGCUUCCAACUCUGAGCAAGCAAACAGCAUUCAGAUGCAAACUUGACAGUAGAUGGAGGGGACCCUUGAUGUGUAAGAGGUGGAGAGAAAGGUGAGGACAGAUCUCAAGUACCAGGUGCUCUGUGAGGACCUGACUGGAGAUGGCACAAACUGGGUGUCAAAUGGAGCCCAGCAGUAGUGCCCUGGCUUUCUGAGGUUGGUGAGGAGUGCUAAUGUCACAAGUUUGUCUGCAAGCCUGAAGAUUAUUCAUAACUAAGCCCAAUCAAAGUCCACUUCUCGGAGUUUCACUUUUCUGAAGAUUACAGCUGGUGGGUGGUGAGUGUGCUAUUCCGACUGGAAUCUCAUGUUUAGGGUGGGCCUCCAGGACUAGGCUGUCCCUUCAGUUUGGGUGAAGCAGCACAAUCUCCCUUCACCCAAAGCUGGGGGCCCCAGGGGGCUAUCUCAUACUGUCGGGCUGUCCCACAGUUCUCACUCCAGUCAGCACCCCAGGACUCUGACCUGCCUUUGGACACCUGCUGUGUGCAUGAAGGGUACACCUGAGACCCACUGAGAAGAAGACCCAGCAGCCCCCAGUUUUAUGCUGAAGGAGAAAGGAGACACGGAGAAUGCUGGAUUUUCCAGGAUACAGUGUGUCUGGUGCAGUUGCCUCUUUCUUCUUUGUACUGCUCACCAUAAGGGAGCCAGAUACCUGGAGAGUGAUUGGUCCUACAUAUCCUAUCUUAGCCAGGAUUGGGGAAGAUGCCCUACUAACCUGUCAGCUCCUCCCCAAGAGGACCACAAUGCACAUGAAAGUGAUAUGGUACUCCUCGGAGCCCAGCACACCUGUGUUUGCACACUGGGAUGGAGCUGAUGUGACUGAGAUGCAGAUGGAAAAGUACAGAGGCCGGGUAGAGUGGAUAAACGAUGGCAAUCAUGAGGGAAAUGUGACUCUGAAGAUAAACAACAUCCAACCAUCUGAUAAUGGGCAAUACUGGUGCCGUUUCCAAGAGAAUAACUACUGUGGAGAAACAAGCUUGCUGCUUCAAGUAGCAGGUCUGGGGUCUGCCCCUUACAUCCACGUGGGGGGAGUUGUGGAAAGUGGAGUCCAGCUUGUGUGCACUGCAAAAGGCUGGUUCCCAGAGCCCCAGGUUUAUUGGACAGAUAUCACAGGAGAGAAGUUGCUGGCUGUCUCUGAGCAUUUCAUCCAAGAUGCCAAUGGCCUGUUCUAUGUGGAAGCCACUCUUGUGGUCAGGAAUGAUUCUGUGCAAACUGUGUCCUGCUUCAUCCGCAACCCCAUCCUCAAUGAGGAGAAGAGCUCUGUCAUCUCCAUUUCAGAGAAACUCCAGAGUGAGCUAGCUUCCUUAAAAGUGAUUGGACCGUCCCAGCCCAUUCUUGUCAGAGUGGGAGAAGACAUACAAUUAACCUGUUACCUGUCCCCCAAGACUAAUGCACAGAGCAUGGAGGUGAGAUGGGUCCAAUCAUGCCGUUAUCCUGCUGUUUACACAUAUGUGGAUGGGGAACAUGUGACUGAAGAGCAGAUGGCAGAAUAUAGAGGGAGGACAUUGUUGGUGAGUGACGCCAUUGAUGAAGGGAGACUGACCCUGCAGAUACACAAUGCUACAACAUCAGAUAAUGGACAGUACCGGUGUCUUUUUGAAAAAGAUGGUGUGUAUCAGGAGGCCAGUUUGGAUCUGAAGAUAGUAGGUCUGGGAUCUUCCCCACUCAUCACUGUAAAGGAACAGAAGGAUGGAGAAAUAGAACUGAUAUGCCGUUCAGAAGGGUGGUUCCCAGAGCCCCAUGUGCAAUGGAAGGACAUGGAAGGAAAGAUAAUACCAUCAUUUUCAGAGGUUCUGACUAAAGGCAGCCAUGGACUGUUCCAUGUGGAGACAUCUCUAUUGGUCACGAACAGCUCUAUUGUGAACAUAACUUGUUCCAUUCGCAACCCCCUUCUUGACGAGGAAAAAAUGGCAACUUUUUCUCUCUCAGAGUCCAUGAUGAGUUUUUCAUGGAAGACAGUGCUUAUUUUGGUAUUACUUCUUGCUACAACUGUAGGCCUGGUCAAAAGGAAGAGCUGUAAAAAAGCAAAUGUGACAUUGGAUCCAAAUACAGCUCACCCAGGACUUAUCCUUUCUGAGGGAUACAAGCAUGUGAACCAUGAACAUUUGUACAGCCAUACAUCUGAUGGUGGUUCAACAGCUUGCUCAAAGGACCAGGCCAGGAGGGGCUCAUAUGAGGGAUAUGAUGCUGAGAAAUGGAGGUCGGGGACAAGACAGUAUAGGUCCUAGGUGUUGCCAAGAGCAAUAUAGGGAGGGAGGGAGUCAUCCCUCUGUCACCUGAGAAUGUGUUCAGACAAUGAGUUGCUAUAGAAGCCAGUACUGGGCCACUACAUUUCCUCCAAGCCUCCUUUCCCUAAUGAUGACUCCAGAAAGGGUCAAAAUCUUCCUUGACUAGCCUCCGACACCUCUCCUUAUAAUAUGACCAACAAGCGCUCUAUCUAUACUUUUCUUCUCUGAAAAUCUUUAUGCCUUCUUCAUUCUUUAAUGUGGGUUCUCCUGAUAUCUUUCCUACACCCAGGAGAUUUUACAACACCUACAAGGAAAAAAACAACUUUGGAUUCUGGAAACAAAGAUUAUAUUCCAACUCUGAGUCUUCUUUACCCAGCUGCUUGAAGGGGCUCACACUAUCAUCCAGCUACCAAAUCAAGAUGCCUUAAUGUCACUCUGGCUUCAAAUUUGAUCUGGAGGCUGAUCCCUUCAGAGAACUCUUAUCCCAAGUUCUCUAUUAUCCUGCCACUGAUCACAACCUGAUAUGUGAGACCAAAGAAAAUCCAAUGGGAAAUGAAAUUAGGCAUAGAGAAGGAAAUGCAAGGAAGUUUAUUUAUAAGUUUCUUCAUGAAGGUGAUAAUCUUCCAAGUGGGGCUGAGGAAAUAAGAAAUACAGUUAAAGAGUAAAAGAAAAUACAGCUGAAUAGAAGAAUGAAAUCUGAUUACUGAGAUAUAAUCUUGAAUAUCAUACGAAAUGUGGAAUUCCUAUUCCAGUCCUUUUUAAGAAAGUGGGUAUUUAGAGUAGAAAAAAUUUUGGAAAUUCUAUUCCAAGACAAAUACCAUAUGAUCUCAUUUAUAUGUGGAACCUACAAGCAAAACAAAUGAAUAAACAAACAAAAACCAGAAUCAGACCUAUAAGUA